UUCCAGUUGAAUUCCAGAGAAACUCAGGUUUUUCUUUGAACGCCGCUUCCCUGCCAAGCAAGCCCUUGCUAUAGCUAGAACGGACCCACCUGCCCUUUCUAGGUGCAUUCUGGUGCAUCAAGCCAAAGAUAGUACCUUGGUAGUAUUCUUUGCUGGGAGCAUGCUCGUUCAAGAUCGCCAACACCUAAUAAUCGCAAUUCUCUUCUCUGCGCGGAACGGCAUCUCAUCAGCUCACCCAUCUAUCGCUGAGGCACAAAUUAGAUGAUCCAUGCUCAAACCUAAUCUUAAAAACCACCAUUCCCAUCGAGCUUCUUGCAUUGCAUAAAGAAGAUUAGCCCAGAACAAACAAACAAACAACGAAUCAAAAUGUCAACGACGCAACCCCCAACAAACCCGCUCCCGCUCCCCGAAGCCCUCAACCCAGACGCCCUAGACGUCCUCUCCGAGCUCGCCAACCUCCUAACCCGUCUCCGCGCGCUCCCCACAUCAACGACCGCGCCCUCCACCACCAGCGGCGCCACACCAGCAGCGCCAACCUCACACGCGACGCCGACGCCGACGGCGCUGCUCUCAUCCCAGGCGUCGGCCAGGAAGGCCGGCGGCAGCAGCAGCAGCAGCGAGCUCACGCUGAAGGAGAUCCCCGUGGCCACGGACGCGCUGAAGCACCGCUUCCAGCGGGCGCGCAACCUCAUCAGGACGACGCUGCCGGACCUCGACCGCGGCAUCGCCGAGCAAGAGGUCGAGAUCAAGGCCCUGGAGGCCCGCAUCGCGCGCCAGCGCGACACGCUGGCGAAGCUGCGCGAGGUCGGCGAGAGGCUUGCUGGUGUGCUUGAUCUCUUGUGCGUGCGUCUGCUUUCAUCGAGAAGCACAGAAUUGGAGAAUCCGGAACGGCGUGCACCGAAAUGCGGGACCGGGAUAGGUUUUGAGAUGGUGAUAGAGAACGAUAGAAUGUGUCGGUUCUACGAGAUGGGGUUCUUUGGAGCAAUGGAUCUAUCUGUCCGGCUUUAUGGAGUGGUCGGAAUUAGCAUAUAAGGCGUUUUUGGAGUUCUCUAUGAUACCACAUGGCGAGAGACAACAUUUUAAAGGAUAACAACGCUCAAUUUUGAUGUUAUUAAUACAUAUUAA